UGUUUAUGCCAAGUAUUCUACAAAUAGUAUAGGCUAGGUAUAUAGCAACGCAAAUGAGAAAUGUCACAAGGUUAAAACUCUCUUUAAAUAAUUCCUUUUGAGUUCCCGACCGCGGGCGAUGGCUGCCGCUGGGGGCGCCCGGCUGCUGCGCGCCGCUUCUGCGGUCCUCGGUGACCUGGCCGGCCGGUGGCUGCACCACGCCAUGUCCCGCACUGGAGCCAGCGGCCUGCUGAGGAGCCGGGGGCUGGGCGGGAGCGCGGAGGUGAGCCGGCCGCUGAGCGUGUCGGCAGGGGUGCGGAGCAGCUCAGAAGAUAAAAUAACAGUCCACUUUAUAAACCGUGAUGGUGAAACAUUAACAACCAAAGUUGAAGUUGGUGAUUCUCUGCUAGACAUUGUGGUUGAAGGGCGCAAAAAGAAUCUAGAUAUUGAUGGCUUUGGUGCAUGUGAGGGAACCCUGGCUUGUUCAACCUGUCACCUCAUCUUUGAAGAUCACAUAUAUGAGAAGUUAGAUGCAAUCACUGAUGAGGAGAAUGACAUGCUCGAUCUGGCAUAUGGACUAACAGAUCACGGGUUGGGCUGCCAAAUCUGCUUGACAAAAUCUAUGGACGAUAUGACUGUUCGAGUGCCUGAAACAGUGGCUGAUGCCAGACAAUCCAUUGAUGUGGGCAAGACCUCCUGAACUAGAACAAAUAGGAAUAUUUUCAUGGAAUUUUACCUAUUUUUAUAAUUAUUAUUUCUUAAAGUGAUUAAAUGAGAACAUGGAUGAGUGGACUUCGUAUUAUGACUAGCUUUACUAUUUUAAUUCACCUUGUAUAACUACUGAAUUUUGUCAUUCUUGAAAGUAUGUAAUUUUUAUUUUGGUUAUAUUACAGAAAUCUCAGUCAAAUAUUAAAAAAUAGUUAAUGUGAUAGAAAAACCUUAUUUUUUUCUUAUGUUUGUUUAGCGACUUUAGUAAAAUGUUUUCAUAUAAUCUCAUCUGUUUACCUAGAAGAUAGGUUAAGGAAAUAUAUUAUUAUUCCUGUUUGAUGUAGGUGCAGGCAGACAUCUAACCUGGCUUGUUUAGGGCCAUACCACUAAUUAGAAAAUCUGUACUAGAACCUGUGUCUUAUUACUAUAAGCUAUUAUGUUCAGACUGAAACUGGAGAAAUUAUGUCAAUUUAUAGCAGUAGUUAAAUCUGAAUGUGUAUGGACAAAAAUAUUUAAUUGCUCAGUAAACUGCUUAACUUCAAAGAUAGUUAUUAACCUUAUACAUAUUUCAAAAUUUUGAUUCUGAAGUCUAAGUCUGAACAUAGACAUAACGCUAUCAAAGAAGUUUGAUCUCUGUUUUGACUAAACUAGAGGAAAAACGAUUGGAUGUGUUUAUUCUUUUCUAAGCAGAAUGGUUUAACUUUGUGCUCUUUGAAAAAUAAUGCUGAUUUAUAAAUCUCUGCCUAUAACAGAAUGGAAACCCUAUGAAUGAAUUGUGUUUCUGUCCUGAGCUGGAGAAGGGAAUGAGCAGGCUGACACAUCGCACAGCCACAGGUGGCGCCAUUCUCUCAUGCAAGGAUGAGGCUGCAGGGUGAGCAGCGUGGGCUGCAGUGUGUCAGUCCCAGGAGGGAGGGAGUGGCGAGCACCACAGAUUACCACAUAUGUGUGGAAGACAUUUGUAUCCUUAUCUUUACUAUAAAUAAAUUCAUAAAAGUUAAAAAAAAUUCCUUUUAACAAAUGUCUAAUAUGAAGGAAAAAAAAUUGUUCUCCUGUACCUUCCCCCAUAACCAGUUGUGCUGUGUUAACAGAAGAAACACUAUCCCAGAGCAAUUUUAUCCAACAGCUAUCCAAAGAAAAUCUGAUGCUAAUUUUGCAAUUAGUUUUGUUACCUUUAAGCAAUCGAAUUGUUCUCUUACAUUUUUAUUAACCAGUUAUUUGAUGGAUGUCAAAUCUAGGGUGACAGUUUUAAAAACUGUUUUAGAACCAUCUAGUCUGUUAUUUUGCAAAAGACUUUAGGCUUCAAAGUCAAAAGAUAAAGGAACAGUUUAAUCAUGUUUUGCAUCUUUCCAGGACUAGUAAGAGGUAAGCAAGUUGCUUCAAGAAACUCGUCCAACAGAGUGAUAAAAGGGUGGUUAUGAACAUAAAAUUAGAAAUGGGCAAGGACUAGGGUGGGGAAUGGCCUGUGACACUUACAUCAGAUCAAGGGGAUGACUCAUAAUUCUCUAAAUGGCCUCAGUAAAGCUCCAGUUCCCACUAAAAAGUUUUCUGCUCCUACAUAGCAGGAUGCCAACUGGCUUUUUCCUUUAAUGUCAAUAACUGACGUUCCAUCAGGAAAUGAACAAAACUGAUUCUGAAAGCAAGUAGCCAGCUACCACCAACUGUCUCAACCUCUUUUCCCUUUGCAUUCAAUUCCAUACUUCUUGAAGCUACAAUACCACUUGUAGUUGCUACAAUACCACUGGUGCUUGAAAAUAAUCACUUCCACAUCUGGCUAUAAAACAAGGACUAACCAGAUGUUUUCAUUUUAAGACAUUUUUUCACUAGUUAUUUUAAUCUUCUACAUAACACAAUCAUUUUAACAUUUAGUUGCAGUAGGUUAUUAGUAAUGUCUGCAAGAUAAAGGCAAAUAGUAGAUUAACUCAAGUUCUUUUUUUUUUUUUUUUUUAAAUUGAGAUGGAGUUUCGCUAUUAUUGCCCAGGCUGGAAUGCACGAUCUCGGGUCACUGCAACCUCUGCCUCCCAGGUUCAGGUGACUCUCCUGAGUAGCUUUACAGGAUUACAGGCACGGACCACCAGGCCCAGCUAAUUUUUAUAUUUUAAUAGAGACAAGGUUUCACCAUCUUGGCCAGGCUGGUCUCAAACUCCUGACCUCAGGUGAUCCACCCGCCUCAGCCUCCCAAAAUGCUGGGAUUACAGGCAUGAGCCACCGUGCCCAGCAAGUAAAUUAAUUCAAAUUCUGAAGACAAGUGAAAAAAUCUGCUACUUCUGAAAACUCCGAUAGACUGGAUUAAGAAAAUGUGGCACAUAUACACCAUGGAGUACUAUGCAGCCAUAAAAAAUGAUGAGUUCAUGUCCUUCGUAGGGACAUGGAUGAAACUCGAAAACAUCAUUCUCAGUAAACUAUCGCAAGGACAAAAAACCAAACACCACAUGUUCUCACUCAUAGGUGGGAAUUGAACAAUGAGAAUUCAUGGACACAGGAAGGGGAACAUCACACUCCGGGGACUGUUGUUGGGUAGGGGGAGGGGGGAGGCACAGCAUUAGGAGAUAUACCUAAUGCUAAAUGAGGAGUUAAUGGGUGCAGCAAAACAACAAGGCACAUGGAUACAUAUGUAACAAACCUGCACAUUGUGCACACGUACCCUAAAACCUAAAGUAUAAUAAUAAAAAAAUUUAAAAAAAGAUAAAAAAAAAACUCAUAUAUAUCUUUUUUUAGAUACUGUCACCAAUGACCACUUUUUUUCUUGUUAAGAGUAACAUAUGCUUAUUGUAAAAAUCCAAGUAAUACUGAAGUGUAAAAACAAGUCUUCCCCUCUCCUUUCUACAAUCUGAUAAUGUUCAUAUGGGUAUUUCCAGACCUUUGGCUACCAAAAACCUAUAUCUUACCUAUGCAUUUAUUUCAAAUCAUACCAGUUUAGAAACAGAAACCUGAAACACACACACACACACACACACACACACACACACACACACACACACUUAAGCCCUACCUUUGGCUACCAAAAACCUAUUAUCUUACCUAUGCAUUUAUUUCAAAUCAUACCAGUUUAGAAACGGAAACCUGAAACACACACACACACACACACACACACACACACACACACCCCUUAAGCCCUAGGGUGGCUGGCAAUGAGAUCACACUUGAAAAAUUCAAGGGCUUCAACUCAAGAAGUUCCAAAAUGUUCACAUUAAACUGACAACACCAAAAGCGGGUCCUAAGCUAGCAGCCAGGGGAAAAAUUAUUGAGAGAA